AUGCCCGUGCCGCAACAUGUCCUGAACUGGCUUUACAGUGUUUUGACAAGUGAAUACCACGAUGUGAAUCGCACCUACAACGAUGUAGCCCAAGCGCUAUCCCACCACCCAUCUCUAUCGCCGCGCACCGACGUUCACACUUACGAUAAUGGCUCGUCAGCCCUACUUCUCCGCCUCUCUGGUACCAUACCCGUUAUAUUUAGAGGCACCACAUAUCGCUUUCCCAUAUCUGUCUGGGUGCCUCAUGCCUACCCACGAGAGGCUCCAUUGGUUUACGUCACUCCAACAGAGUCCAUGAUGGUACGCCCCGGCCAGCAUGUAGAUCCUCAAGGCCAAGUCUAUCACCCAUAUCUCGUAGGCUGGGCCGCCUUCUGGGAUAAAUCCACGAUUCUUGACUUCCUGGCCAUCUUGAGAGAUAUCUUCGCCAAAGAGCCACCAGUCAUUGCCCGACCACAAGGCCCACAGCAACCACUGCCGCCCGUGGCAUCGCGUCCACCGCAAUCACACACCCAAACGCCUCCCCCUUUUUCGCCUCCUCCACAUGAGUUGGCAGCUCGUCCGUCGAGUCGCCCGCCUCCUCAAACCCCUACAGACGGAUCGCGGCCUCCGCCUCCGCCGCCCAAAACGACAAGUACUGAACCGUACAGAAGCCCACCACCUCCUCUAGAUGCUAGAUACGGCCCUCCUCUCCCACCUCUACCCCCUGGUGCCACUCGUCAAGGCAUCCAUGGAGGCCUCAAUCUCCAAGAGUCAAGUCGUCCACAGAGUCAAGCGCAUUCUCGGUACGACUCAGCACCGCCACUACCACCAGUACCGUCGUCUCACCCACCGCCGCCGCCAGUCGUCUCAUCUCCGCAUCAAACUGAAGACACUGCACAGCAACCGCAAUUCCGUUCUGGACAUCCUGCUCAAUCCGUUGCCCCUCGUCACUCAGCCGUCCCUAUGUCUUACCAGCAAACGUCUCAGCAUUACAGAGGACCACCUCCAGGCUGGCAACCGGACGGGCAGUAUCAGGCACCACCGCUGCCGCAGCAACUGCAGCAGCAUCCGCCGCCACAACAGCAGAUUGCAAAACCACCGCCACCGCCAGAUUUGCUCGACGCGCCCCUCACCCUGAGCAUACCUUCGCCGUCGUCGGUUCCCGCGCCACCGAUUCCGCCGAACCCGGAAAAGGACGCAUUGCUCCACCAACUAGCGCAAACACUUCACUCCCUUCGGCAACGUAGCAGACAGCAGAACGACUCCAGCAUGGCAGGCUUGCAGGCGCAACGCACAGCUAUGAUGUCUGCCUUCUCGACACUUCAGUCGGAGAUGGGGACCUUAAAUCAAACAUCGGGGCUACUUCAGUCCAACGCUAAUAUCCUGAUCGACGCGCUGCGAAAAGCCGAUUCUGUUAUCGAGGGAUCAAAACGUCAAACUGCGCCUGAUAUCGACGAGCUUCUGGUUGCGCCCACAGUCGUAGCUAACCAGUUAUACGCAUUGGUCGCCGAAGAGAAAGCUAUCGGGGAUACUAUUUUUGUCUUAGGCCGCGCCGUGGAACGCGGAAGGGUAUCACCAGCGGUAUUUGCUAAGACGACACGAUCCCUUGCUAGGGAGUGGUAUCUGAAGAAAGCUUUAGUUCGCAAAAUAGGAAAGGGGAUGGGGCUGACAGCCUAG